CGUCUGGCGGGGCUCAUGGCUGGGCUGCCUGCGGCGCCCUGCCAGAAGGGAGCUUCCGGCCUCUCCGUCCCUCGCCAACGCUGCGCCGCGACCUCCCGGCAGGAGGCGACCGAGCACUCGAGUCGGCAGAGGGGGGCUGGGAGUCACAGGGAUGCCCCAGGUGGAGAAACAAGAUACAACAAAGACAAGAUACUUCAAGGACAAGGUGUGGAUGAACCCCUUUCUGCAACUGGUUUCAGACAAGCAGAUGCUGCUGGUAUAUUUCUCAGUAAUGUAAAGUUUACUCAUGUCUUCUCAAGUGACCUCCUUCGAGCGAAGCAGACUGCAUCCACAAUUAUAGGAAAGAAUAAGUUUUGCAAAGAUAUUGUAAUACAGUAUGAUGCAAGACUUCGAGAGAGGAAAUAUGGGAUUGCUGAAGGAAGGCCAUUGAGUGAUCUAAAGGCAAUGGCAAAUGCUGUUGGAGAGCAAUGUCCUUCAUUUACACCAUCUGGAGGAGAAACACUAGAUGAGGUAAGGGCACGUGCAAAGAAUUUCUUUGAAUUUCUGUGCCAACUUUCUAUUGAAGAAGAGUGUCAGAAAGAACAAACUGUUCUGGGUAUGGCAGGCAAUGGCUUGGAAACAUUAGAAGGAAAACCAGUUUUCCCUUUGAGAAACCACUGCUGUGGACUUGAACUUAAUUCUGAUACUGACAAAGAUACAAAAAUGUUAAAUCCCAAUAUAUUGGUGGUGAGUCAUGGGGCAUACAUGAGAAACUGGUUUGGUUAUUUUGUUUUGGAUCUAAAAUGCACUUUACCAUCAGCUUUAAAAAAGUCUCAGUUAUCUUCUGUGAGUCCUAAUACUGGAGUGAGUCACUUCAUUAUAAACCUUGGAAAUGGAGAUGUGAUUAAACCUGAAAUCAGUUGUAUUUGUCUUAAUCGAGAUGAUCAUUUAGCAGAUGUGAAUACUGAAAAUGUGUAGCUCAAACAAUUAAAAUAUUAGCAACAUGAAAUGUAUUAUAUAGCAUUUUUAGUCUUAAGUUAUUUAAGCAUGAGAAAUAAUUUAUUUUAAAAAAAUACCCUUAAUUAGCAAAUAAGUCUUGACUAAGUUCAUGUUCUAUUUCGAAGAUUGAUCUUAAUAGUUAGUUGAGUUGACUUGAAUUCAGUUAUUGGCACUAUACUGUAAGAUUCUGAAGAAUUGUAAUAAUCUGUUAUACAAUAAUAUACACAAUAUAGAUGACCUUAGUGCUUGAUAGUAAUUCAGUAUUGUAAAAAAAUACUAAAAUAUAUUCUUUAUGAACAGGAACUUAAAGAUAUUACUAUUCAGGACUCAUGGAUCCCUGUUGCUGUAGUGUGGUUUUUGUUUUUUUUUAUUUAAUAUCUUUUUACCAUUCUACCAAAAAUGUUAUGGAUAUCAUCAGCUGUUUUUCAGAAAGUAUUACAUGGCAAAAAGUUUAGAAAUACUGUAACUAAGGAAGUUAAUUUUUUCUCCAACCUACUGUGCUGUAACUUUAUAUAUUUAAGUUGGGUUUUAUAAAUGUAAAUGUCUUCCUAUUUUAAUAUAGUAUAACCUAGUAGAGGGAGCAUUGUCUAGUGGGAAGAGCAUGGAACAGUAGGUGUUUGGGGAAGACCUGGCUCUGUCACUGACUAGCUGUGAGACGCUGGGCAAGUCUCUUAAUCUCGCCAUGCCUCCGUUUUCCCAUCUGC